GAACCUGCUGACAUGACAUCAGCCACGGAGAUUGAAAACGUGGGCAACCAGCCACCGUACAGCCGGAUCAAUGCCCGCUGGGAUGCCCCGGACGAUGAGCUGGAUAAUGACAACAGCUCAGCCAGGCUCUUUGAGAGGUCCCGGAUCAAGGCCUUGGCAGAUGAGCGAGAAGUCGUUCAGAAGAAGACCUUCACAAAAUGGGUGAACUCGCACCUGGCUCGUGUGUCCUGCCGCAUCACCGACCUCUACAAGGACCUGCGGGAUGGGCGUAUGCUCAUCAAGCUGCUGGAGGUGCUGUCUGGAGAGAUGCUGCCAAAGCCCACGAAGGGGAAGAUGCGCAUUCACUGCCUGGAGAACGUGGACAAGGCGCUGCAGUUCCUCAAAGAGCAGCGUGUGCACCUGGAGAACAUGGGCUCCCAUGACAUCGUGGACGGCAACCACCGCCUGGUCCUGGGCCUCAUCUGGACCAUCAUCCUUCGCUUCCAGAUUCAGGACAUUGUUGUCCAAACUCAGGAAGGUCGUGAGACUCGCUCAGCCAAGGAUGCGUUGCUGUUAUGGUGUCAGAUGAAGACGGCAGGCUACCCCAACGUCAAUGUCACCAACUUCACCUCCAGCUGGAAGGAUGGCCUGGCCUUUAAUGCCCUCAUACACAAGCACCGGCCUGACCUGAUUGACUUUGAUAAGCUGAAAGACUCCAACGCCCGACACAACCUGGAGCACGCGUUCGAUGUGGCCGAGCGUCAGCUGGGCAUCAUUCCGCUCCUCGACCCCGAAGAUGUCUUCACAGAAAACCCUGAUGAGAAAUCCAUCAUUACCUACGUGGUGGCAUUUUACCACUACUUCUCCAAGAUGAAGGUGCUGGCGGUGGAGGGCAAGCGCGUCGGCAAGGUAAUCGACCAUGCCAUUGAGACAGAGAAGAUGAUUGAGAAGUACAGCGGGCUGGCCUCGGACCUGCUCACCUGGAUCGAGCAAACCAUCACAGUUCUGAACAGCCGCAAGUUUGCCAACUCCCUGACGGGAGUCCAGCAGCAGCUACAGGCCUUUAGCACUUACCGAACCGUGGAGAAGCCGCCCAAGUUUCAGGAGAAGGGGAAUCUGGAAGUCUUACUUUUUACCAUCCAGUCCCGAAUGAGAGCCAACAAUCAGAAAGUGUACACACCCCAUGACGGGAAACUAGUGUCUGACAUCAAUCGGGCCUGGGAGAGCCUGGAGGAAGCCGAAUAUCGGCGGGAGCUGGCUCUGAGAAAUGAGCUCAUUCGUCAGGAGAAGCUGGAGCAACUGGCCCGGCGCUUUGACCGAAAGGCUGCAAUGAGAGAGACAUGGCUCAGUGAAAACCAGCGCCUUGUGGCCCAGGAUAACUUCGGGUACGACCUGGCAGCUGUGGAGGCCGCCAAGAAGAAGCACGAGGCCAUCGAGACCGACACAGCCGCCUAUGAAGAGCGGGUGAGGGCCCUGGAAGACCUGGCCCAGGAGCUGGAGAAGGAGAAUUACCACGACCAGAAGCGCAUCACGGCCCGCAAGGACAACAUCCUGCGCCUGUGGAACUACCUGCAGGAGCUGCUGAGGGCCCGGCGCCAGAGACUCGAGACGACCCUGGCACUGCAGAAGCUCUUCCAGGAUAUGUUGCACAGCAUCGACUGGAUGGACGAGAUCAAGGCUCACCUCUUGUCUGCCGAGUUCGGGAAGCACUUGUUGGAGGUCGAGGACUUGCUGCAGAAGCACAAAUUGAUGGAGGCUGACAUCGCCAUCCAGGGAGACAAAGUGAAGGCCAUCACUGCAGCCACCCUGAAGUUCACUGAGGAGAAAGGGUACCAGCCUUGCGAUCCCCAGGUCAUCCAGGACCGCGUCAGCCACCUGGAGCAGUGCUUUGAGGAGCUGAGCAACAUGGCAGCUGGGCGGAAGGCCCAGCUGGAGCAGUCCAAACGGCUCUGGAAGUUCUUCUGGGAGAUGGAUGAGGCCGAGAGCUGGAUCAAGGAGAAAGAGCAGAUCUACUCCUCCCUGGACUAUGGCAAGGACCUGACCAGUGUGCUCAUCUUGCAGCGCAAGCACAAAGCCUUUGAGGAUGAGCUCCGCGGGCUGGAUGCCCACCUGGACCAGAUCUUCCAGGAGGCCGAGGGCAUGGUCGCACGCAAGCAGUUUGGGCACCCGCAGAUCGAGGCCCGAAUCAAGGAGGUGUCCACCCAGUGGGACCAGCUGAAGGAGCUGGCUGCCUUUCGCAAGAAGAACCUCCAGGAUGCUGAGAACUUCUUCCAGUUCCAAGGCGAUGCAGACGACCUCAAGGCCUGGCUGCAAGACGCUCACAAGUUGCUCUCGGGCGAAGAUGUGGGGCAGGAUGAAGGGGCCACACGGGCCCUGGGGAAGAAGCACAAGGACUUCCUGGAGGAGCUGGAGGAGAGCCGUGCAGUGAUGGAGCAUCUGGAACAGCAGGCUCAGGGCUUCCCCCAAGAGUUUCGGGAUUCCCCAGAUGUAACCAAUCGGCUGCAGACCCUCCGGGAGCUCUACCAGCAAGUGGUGGCUCAGGCAGACCUGCGUCGGCAGAAGCUGCAGGAGGCCCUGGACCUGUACACGGUGUUUGGGGAGACCGAUGCCUGUGAGCUGUGGAUGAGCGAGAAGGAGAAGUGGCUGGCCCAGAUGGAAAUCCCAGACACACUGGAGGACCUGGAGGUCGUGCAGCACAGGUUUGACAUCCUGGACCAGGAGAUGAAAACUUUGGUGACUCAGAUUGAUGGCGUGAACCUUGCUGCCAACAGCCUGAUAGAGAGUGGCCACCCGCGCAGUGGGGAAGUGAAGCAGUACCAGGACCACCUGAACACCAGGUGGCAGGCAUUCCAAACCAUGGUGUCAGACCGGCGGGAGGCAGUGGACUCGGCCCUCCGGGUGCACAACUACUGCGUGGACUGCGAGGAGACCAGCAAGUGGAUCAUGGACAAGACGAAAGUAGUACAGUCCAUCAAGGACCUGGGCCGGGACCUGGCAGGCGUCAUCUCCAUCCAGCGGAAGUUGUCGGGGCUGGAGCGUGAUGUGGCUGCCAUCCAGGCCCGCAUGGGUGCCCUGGAGCGUGAGUCACAACGGCUGAUGGAGUCACACCCUGAACUGAAGGAGGACAUUGGCCGGCGGCAGGCGUUUGUGGAGGAGCGAUGGCAGGAGCUGCAGCAAGCCCUGCAGGACCAGGAGGCCUCGCUUGGUGAAGCCAGCCAGCUGCAGGCUUUCCUGCAGGAGCUGGAUAACUUUCAGGCCUGGCUGUCCUUAGCCCAGAAGGCCGUGGCCUCCAAGGACAUGCCCGAGUCCCUCCCAGAGGCCGAGCAGCUCCUGCAGCAGCAUGCGGCCAUCAAAGAUGAGAUUGAUGGGCACCAAGAGAGCUAUGAGCAUGUCAAGACAUCUGGAGAGAAAGUGCUCCGUGACCAGACGGACCCAGAGUUCCUGCUCCUGGGCCAGCGGCUGGAGGGCCUGGGUACUGGCUGGGACGCCCUGCGCCGGAUGUGGGAGAGCCGCAGCCGCUCCCUCACCCAGUGCCUUGGCUUCCAGGAGUUCCAGAAAGAUGCCAAGCAGGCUGAAGCCAUCCUCACUAACCAGGAAUAUACACUGGCUCACUUAGAGCUCCCAGACUCCCUAGAAGCUGCAGAAGCUGGGAUCCGGAAGUUUGAGGACUUUCUGGUGUCUAUGGAGAACAACGAGGAUAAGGUCUUGAGUCCUGUGGACUCUGGAAACAAGCUGAUAGCUGAGGGGAACCUCUACUCAGACAAGAUCCAGGAGAAGGUGCAGCUGAUUCAGGACAGGCACAGAAAGAACAACGAGAAGGCCCAGGAGGCCUCAGCUCUUCUGAGAGACAACCUGGAGCUCCAGAACUUCCUCCAGAACUGCCAGGAGCUCACUCUCUGGAUCAAUGACAAGCUGCUGACAUCUCAGGAUGUCUCCUAUGAUGAAGCACGCAACCUUCACAACAAAUGGCUGAAGCACCAGGCAUUCAUGGCAGAGCUGGCCUCCCACCAGGGGUGGCUGGAGAGCAUCGACGCAGAAGGCAAGCUGCUGAUGGAAGAGAAGCCCCAGUUUGCAGCCCUGGUGUCCCAGAGGCUGGAAGCCUUGCACCAACUCUGGGAUGAGCUUCAGGCCACCACGAAGGAGAAGGCCCAACAGCUCUCAGCCGCCAGGAGCUCUGACCUGCGCUCGAAGACCCAAGCCGACCUCAACAAGUGGAUCAGCGCCAUGGAGGACCAGCUGCAGUCCGACGACCCGGGCAAGGACCUGACCACUGUCAACCGGAUGUUGGCUAAGCUGAAGCGUCUGGAGGACCAAGUGAAUGUGCGGAAGGAGGAGCUGGCGGAGCUGUUUGACCAGAUGCCCUCACUAGGAGAGGAGGAGGAGGGCGCUGACUUGAGCAUCGAGAAGCGGUUCCUAGACCUCCUGGAGCCCCUAGGGAGGAGAAAGAAGCAGCUAGAAUCAUCCAGAGCCAAGCUGCAGAUCAGCCGGGACUUAGAGGACGAGACGCUCUGGGUGGAGGAGAGGCUGCCUCUGGCCCAGUCGGCUGACUAUGGCACUAAUCUGCAAACUGUACAGCUGUUCAUGAAGAAGAACCAGACCCUCCAGAAUGAGAUCCUGGGCCAUGCACCACGGGUCGAGGACGUGCUACAGAGAGGGCGGCGGCUGGUGGAAGAGGCAGAGAUCGACUGCGGGGACAUCGAGGAGCGCCUGGGCCGCCUGCAGAGCUCAUGGGACACGCUGCGGGAGGCGGCCGCCGGGCGGCUGCAGCGCCUGCGGGAUGCCAGUGAGGCACAGCAGUACUACCUGGACGCGGGUGAGGCCGAGGCCUGGAUCAGCGAGCAGGAGCUCUAUGUCAUCUCAGACGAGACCCCCAAGGAUGAAGAGAACGCCAUCGUGAUGCUGAAGCGGCAUUUGCGGCAGCAGCGUGCAGUGGAGGAGUAUGGGCGGAACAUCAAGCAACUGGCCGGCCGGGCCCAGAGCCUGCUCACAGCAGGCCACCCUGAGGGGGAACAGAUCAUCAGACUUCAGGGGCAAGUGGACAAGCAGUACGCGGGGCUGAAGGACAUGGCGGAGGAACGCAAGCGGAAGCUAGAGAACAUGUACCACCUGUUCCAGCUGAAGAGGGAGGCUGACGACUUGGAGCAGUGGAUUGCAGAAAAAGAGCUGGUGGCCUCGUCCCCAGAAAUGGGGCAAGACUUCGAUCAUGUUACUCUGCUCCGGGACAAGUUCCGGGACUUUGCGCGGGAGACUGGGGCCAUUGGGCAGGAACGGGUGGACAACGUGAAUGCCAUUAUCGAGCGACUCAUCGACGCGGGCCACGGAGAGGCAGCCACCAUUGCCGAGUGGAAGGACGGACUGAACGAGAUGUGGGCCGACCUGCUGGAGCUCAUCGACACGCGCAUGCAGCUGCUGGCCGCCUCCUAUGACCUGCACCGCUACUUCUACACGGGCACCGAGAUCCUGGGCCUCAUCGACGAGAAGCACCGCGAGCUGCCAGAGGACGUGGGGCUGGACGCCAGCACCGCCGAGUCCUUCCACCGGGUGCACACGGCCUUCGAGCGGGAGCUCCACCUCCUGGGCGUGCAGGUACAGCAGUUCCAGGAUGUGGCCACCCGCCUGCAGACAGCAUAUGCUGGGGAAAAGGCAGACGCCAUCCAGAACAAGGAGCAGGAGGUGUCUGCCGCGUGGCAGGCGCUGCUUGACGCCUGCGCCGGGCGCCGCACCCAGCUGGUGGACACAGCGGACAAAUUCCGCUUCUUCAGCAUGGCCCGCGACCUCCUCUCCUGGAUGGAGAGCAUCAUCCGGCAGAUCGAGACCCAGGAGAGGCCCAGGGACGUCUCCUCUGUGGAACUGCUCAUGAAGUAUCACCAGGGCAUCAGGGCGGAGAUUGAAACCCGAAGCAAGAACUUCAACACCUGCCUGGAACUUGGCGAGUCCCUGCUGCAGCGGCAGCACCAGGCGUCCGAGGAGAUCAGGGAGAAGCUGCAGCAGGUGGUGUCCAGGAGGAAGGAGAUGAACGAGAAGUGGGAGGCCCGCUGGGAGCGGCUCAGCAUGUUGCUGGAAGUGUGCCAGUUCUCUCGGGACGCAUCUGUGGCUGAAGCGUGGCUGAUCGCUCAGGAGCCCUACCUGGCCAGCCGGGACUUUGGACACACAGUGGACAGUGUAGAGAAGCUCAUCAAGAGACAUGAGGCUUUCGAGAAAUCCACAGCCACCUGGGCAGAGCGCUUCGCUGCCCUGGAGAAGCCCACCACGCUUGAGCUCAAAGAACGCCAGACCCUGGAGAGACCCGUGGAGGAAACUGGGCCUCAAGAGGAUGAAGGCGAGACAGCAGGGGAGGGUCCCCAAGUUCCCCAUCCAGCGACCACCGUGAGAACGUCCCCGGGGGAAGAAGAGAGACAGUGGCCUCAGGACCUGCAGCCGCCACCCCCCCGAGGGCCACAGGAGGAAGGGCAGGAGGAGAAACCCGGCGGGGAUGAGAGGCCUGCCACAGAGCCCCUCUUUAAGGUCCUGGACACACCUCUGAGCGAGGGCGAAGAGCCUACAACGCUGCCGGCCCAGCGGGACCAUGGGUACAGCGUGCAGAUGGAGGGCUACCUGGGCCGCAAGCACGACCUGGAGGGGCCCAACAAGAAGGCAUCCAACAGGUCCUGGAACAACCUGUACUGCGUGCUCAGGAACAGCGAGCUGACCUUCUACAAGGAUGCCAAGAACCUGGCCCUGGGGGCGCCCUACCACGGAGAAGAACCCCUGGCCCUGAGACAUGCCAUCUGUGAGAUCGCUGCCAACUACAAGAAGAAGAAGCACGUCUUCAAACUGAGGCUGAGCAACGGCAGUGAGUGGCUCUUCCAUGGCAAGGAUGAGGAGGAGAUGCUGUCCUGGCUGCAGGGUGUGAGCACCGCCAUCAAUGAGUCCCAGAGUAUCCGCACCAAGGCCCAGAGCCUGCCCUUGCCCUCCAUCACCGGCCCUGACGCCAGCCUUGGCAAGAAAGAAAAGGAAAAGAGAUUCAGCUUCUUCCCCAAAAAGAAGUAGCCUCUUGCGGUGCCCCACAGGCGGGGCUGGGCUGCGGGUGCCACAGUGCCUCCCUCGACUGCCCAGGACAGGCUGGGGCGCCCUCGGCCUUGACCAUGGCCCUCCUGCUGCCUGGUUGCCCGCUGCCUGCUGCCUGCCUGCUCCGAGUCGCGGGCCAGGGCUCCGGGGCCCACGCUGCACUGCAAUACCUGCCUUCACCUGCCUGGCCCGAUGCCUGCUCCCCCACCAUCUGCAGAGCAGCUCUAGGGACGGAGGCUCCCAGCUCCACUGGGUCUCCAGGCCUGCGGGCAGAGUAUGGUUUCCCCAGGCACAAGCCCUCCUCCCCACCCCACCCGGGCUGAGGAUGCACCAGGCCCCCAGGCCCCACAAAAGCUGGAGAAGGCUGAUGGGUUCACCUGAUGCUGCCCACUCCCAAAGCAAGUCUUGCUUGGGGUCACCCCCUACUUAGUCAAAACCAAGGAAAGGGAAGAAGACACUGGGAAUACCUGACCCAACCCUGGGGCAUGAGGAAGGAGCCUCCAGAUAGACACACGGGGCCCUAGGUCUGGGAAAAGGGCUGCUGGGGACUGAGGGGACCCUAUGGGCCUCCUCCCCACUGGGCUUCCUCAGAACCGGGUCUCUCAACCUCAGGGGCCACCACAUCCCUCCCCGCCCACCACCAAAAAAGCCGGGGCGGGGGGGAGGCACCCUUCAAGGUCCAUGGGUCCUAAGUGCAAGGGGCCUCCCGCCACCUCCAGCACCCUUUGCUACCAAACAUAGGUGGUAGAAGGAUCAGGAAGCUCUCCAGCCAGUCUUUUCAUAACUUCAGUUAGAGCUUAGGGCUAGGGCUAUGGCUCAGACUGAAGCGGGUAGACAAGUCCCGACACUGCCUAAGGCGCUGCCUCUCCACUCUGGGAACCGCCCCCCCCCACCUCCCAGUAACAGCUGAACCAGCAAUAUCUGACUCAGACCCAGGACCCCUUAGAGACGGUACGGCCCCCAGAUGCCAGACGGACAGCCCAGCACCUGGAGUGAAGCAAAGCCAAAUGCCCAAUGGAUGCUGUCUACAGCUGGUACCAGCCGAGGGUACUGGCCGGACAGCCAAGUUCAUGCAUGACCUAUCACCCUGGGGUGGCACACAUGGCCACUCCUGAAUGUCACCACCCACGUAACAACCCAUAGCUGGGACAAACGCUGGGGCCAGAGCCAUGAAGGUGUGGCGCCUUUGCUCAGCUUCUCCUGAAGGUUCUGCACGCCGGUCUGCCCC